AUGCCGAAAUUUAUGUCUCACCGAUUUUCUUACAACAGAAGACGACAUGAUAGCAACAGAGUACGACUUCCUGGUGGUGCAGGUGCUCAUGCUCCACAUAUAAAUUUAACUUAUGUUGAUAAUGAUGUGCAUAUAGAAUUAAAAAAGGUUAUCCAAUCCGGUGAAAAACGUACACUCAUUCUGAAAGCUGAACAAUUUUUUGAAAUUUCACAAAAAAACGAUGAAAUCAAACUUGCUGGAAGAAAUAUUGCUAAUUAUCAUGGAAGUGAUAGCACAACACAACCAGCUAAGGAAGUUGGUUUAUUUAAAUUUAUUUCACGGUCUGAUUUUGAGAGUACUACAUGUGAACAUAUGUAUGAAUGGGAAGUACCAAAUUCAAAAUUGAGAGUGAGUGUACGUAAUCGUCGAAGUGAUGGUAAACGACCAAUUAAUACAGACUUUGUUGUUGAAAUACGAGUGUUCGGUACAAAUGGUUUACCCACUGAUGAAGGUAUUAUGAUGGCAUGGCAUAAUUUCGAGGGUACAUUUGUUAAACAUCAAAAAGAACGACAAGAUCGAAUUCAACAAAUGCGUAGGAAUGGAGUAUUGAAUCCUUUAGCAAGGUUGAACGCCAACGGCGCUUCAAGUUCAACUAGUGCUGCUACAACUACUGCUACUGUUUCUGUAUCUUCAACAACUACAGGAAACUUACCUACCUGGACAAUUCAAGAAGAAUUUGUUAAUAAGGAGACCUAUUCAUGUGUUAUCUGUAUCGAUACUUAUGUGAAAGGUGCAGUAGUGAAUGGUUUACCAAACUGCAGUCAUUAUUUUCAUUCAUCAUGUAUUGGAACAUGGUUAGUUGGAAGCGACCAGUGCCCUACAUGUAAUUUGGGUGAUGCAGUAAAACUCAAUGUUCAUCUUGUUCUUGCAUUAGAUGAAAAUCCUCAUCGACGAUUUAUCUAUGUUGAAAUGGCUUUCUUUUAUCGUUGGUGGCUUCAACAAACAGAUAAAAUUCAUGAUAAAGUUAAAGAAUUUGUUAAUUCAGGUCGUCUUGAAUUUAUUUCUGGUGGUUGGUGUAUGAAGGAUGAAGGAACAACACAUUAUAAUUCAAUCAUUGAUCAACAUAGUUUAGGUCUGGAAUUUCUAAAUGAUCAAUUUGGUCAUUCACGUGAACAAGCGUCUCUUCUUGCACAGAUGGGUUUUGAUGGUUUAUUUGUUGGUCGUGCUGAUUAUCAAGAUCUACAAAAACGUAAUACAACAAAAUCAAUGGAAAUGAUUUGGAAAGCAAGUGCUAAUUUAGAUCGUCAAAGUUGGUUAUUUACUGGUAUUUUACCUCGAAGAUAUUCAACUCCAGCAACAUUCUCGUUUGAUUUUAUCGCACCAGAUGAUCCGAUCAUAGAUGAUGUAAAUUUACCAGAUUAUAAUGUACCAGAACGUGUUCAAACAUUUAUUCAAACAGCUCAGAAUGAAUCAAUGGAAUAUGCAACUAAUCAUAUUAUAAUGACAUUUGGUGUUAAUCGUAGUUGGAUAACAAAAACUGAUGAUUUUUUUCCACAUGCACAUCAUCCACAUGGAUUUUGGACAGGAUAUUUUACAUCACGACCAGCUUUAAAACGUUUUGAACGUUAUUCAAAUAAUAUUUUACAAGUAAUACGACAAUUAAAUACAUUUCCUAAUAGUCAAUUACGAAAUCAAAUCUUCAGUUUAAGUGAAGCAAUGGCUAUUGCUCAACAUCAUGAUGCUGUUAGUGGAACAGAAAAACAACAUGUUGCAAAUGAUUAUGCACAACGAUUAUCCAUUGGAAUUGAUGCAGCACUUAAUGUAAUUAAUACAGCUUAUCCAAAACUAUUAACAAAAGAUAAUCAAUCAACAACAACAGAAAUUCAACAAUUUCUUUGUCAAUUAACAAAUAUAAGUGAAUGUUUACCAAUUGAAAAUGCAAAACAAUUCACAGUAAUACUUUGGAAUCCAAUAAUUCAUCCAGUUGUUGGUUAUUUACGUGUCCCUAUUACGAGAUCUUAUACAGUUCGUGAUUCUAGCGGACCAAUUCGCUCUGAGUUAAUUCCAAUUUCAAAUUCAACGAAAACAAUACCUGGUCGAAUGAGUAAUGCAACAAAUCAAUUGAUUUUUAAAUAUAAUUUACCAGCAUUGGGUUUUAAUACGUAUUUCUUUCAAGUGAAUGAAGAAGAAGAAGAAGAAAAAUUAGAAAUAACUAAAAAUGAAAUAUGUAUUUUACAAAAUCAAGGUUAUUCUGGUAAUAAUUCUCAAUUUGAUUUUCAAGCAUCUGGUGCUUAUAUCUUUCGACCAGUAACAGAAGAUGCAAAACCAAUAUCUACAAAACGUUCAUUUGAACUUGUUCAAACAGCAAUUAUUAUUUUUAAUGAAUGGAUUAGUCAAGAAAUUAAUCUUUAUGAUGAAGGAGAAGAUAUUGAAAUUGAAUGGACAGUAGGUCCGAUUCCAAUUGAAGAUAAUAUUGGAAGAGAAAUUAUUCUUCGAUAUGAUACAGAUAUUAAAAGUCAAUCAAAAUAUUAUACAGAUGCAAAUGGACGAGAAGUUCUUCAACGAAUAAGAAAUUAUCGACCAACAUAUAAUUAUACAAUUACUGAACCAGUUAGUGGAAAUUAUUAUCCAGUUAAUUCACGUAUUUGGAUCAAUGAAACAAAUCGACAAUUUACUAUUCUUACUGAUCGUUCAGAAGGUGGUGCAAGUCUUUUUGAUGGUUCAAUUGAAUUAAUGAUACAUCGGCGUUUACUGUAUGAUGAUAAUUUAGGUGUUGGUGAAGCAUUGAAUGAAUCUGCAUUUGGUCAAGGUCUUGUCGUUCGUGGAAAACAUUUUCUUAAUAUUGAUUCACCUCAAACAAAUGCUCUUUAUCAUCGUAUUCAUUCACAAGAAUUAUUCAUGUCUCCACUUGUAACAUUUGCAUUGAUUAAUUCAUCUUAUAUGAAUUAUUCAAAUUUAUAUCGUCAAACAUGGUCUGCAUUAAUCGAUACAUUACCUUCAAAUAUUCAUUUAUUAACAUUAGAUCAAUUAAAUGAAAAACAAUAUAUUAUUCGUCUUGAACAUUAUUUUGAAUUGAAUGAAGAUGAAAAAUAUUCAUAUCCAACUAAAAUUGAUUUACAAUCAAUAUUUAAAUCAAUUGGAAUAAUUGAGAAAAUAUUGGAGUUAACAUUAGAUGCUAAUUUAGAAUUAUCUCAAAUGAAUAGACUCCAUUGGUUAACUGAUAACGAUGAACUAUUACUACAAACGAAUAAUUCUACGAUUAACACAACAACAACAGCAACAUGUAAUUUUACUGCAUGCAGUUCUCAACGAACAUCAUGUUCAUCGAAUCUUGACUGCGAUUGUUUUUCGUUAACAUCCAAUCCAAAUAUAGGGAUAUGUGCUUCAACUACUUGCUCCUGCGCAAGUCUUGUACGAUGUAAUAUAGAUAAUGUAACUUGUUCAAUCGAGAGUACAAUCUGUGUGAAUAGUACACGAUGUGGUCAACCAGUAUGCUAUCCAUUAGCUAUGGCAAACAAACAAAUAUGUCCACCAAAGACUGUUACAAGAUGGUUUUCUACUGGCAAUAUGACUUAUGGACGAUCUGAACACACAGCAUCUGUAUUAUCGAAUGGAAAUGUAUUAGUUACUGGUGGAUGGAAUGAGGGUGGUAUAUUAAGUACUGCUGAGCUGUUUGAUCCAUCAACAGGUACUUGGACAACUACUGUUACUGGUGGACGAGGCAUUGGUUAUGUUGAUUUAAAUAGUGCUGAGCUGUAUGAUCCAUCAACACGCAUUUGGACAACUACUAGUAAUAUGAUUAAUGCACGAUAUUCUCACAGAGCAUCUGUAUUAUCAAAUGGAAAAGUACUAGUUACUGGUGGAAUUGAUUAUAGUGGUAGUGUUUUAAAUAGUGCUGAAUUGUAUGAUCCAUCAACAGGUAUUUGGACAACUAUUAGUAAUAUGACGAAUGCACGAGGAUAUCACAGAGCAUCUAUAUUAUCAAAUGGAAAAGUAUUGGUUACUGGUGGAUGGGCCAUUGUAUAUAUUACAUUGAAUAGUGCUGAAUUAUAUUAA